AUGCAAGCAACACGCUUUGUUUUCGUUCUGUUUGGAACCUUCCUGACUGGAUUAUGUGCGUCCCAUCCUGAAGAUGAGGGAAACCUUAUGCAAAGUAAGGGCACCACUUGUGGAUUUGGCCAAAUGAAGUGUUUCUUCAGCGACGAAUGCUUCGCUAUUGAUGGUCUGUGCGACGGCAAGGUGGACUGUGUCAAUGGUGACGACGAAGAUCCGAUCGGAACCUGUGGCGCUCUAGGCCCCAUCUGGCCAGUCCUGUGCCCUGUUCCAGGCCAGUGGAAGUGCAUAUUCAGCCACGAGUGCCUUGACUAUUCCAAAGUGUGCGACGGGAAAAAAGACUGCGCCCGCGGGGAUGAUGAGUUAUAUUACGGAUGUGAUUACAGAAAGAGAGCCCCGGAUCAGAUGCCAGGGGAAUUCGUGCUUAAGGUCCCUGACGGGGAGAGAGAGCCCUAGGCAAGUAAUGCUGCUCCCCGGUCUGUGACGAACAGAGGCAAUCUGCAGACAGCGGAUGGAAAAGGGGCAAAAUCCUCAUGACCGAAGCUUAUUCGUAAAAUUAUUUAGUUCAAACUAGCGUUGCUUUCCUAAAACAAAGCGUUAGCCGUUUUCUGCAUAGCAUGGAUUUUAAGAUCCUUGAUUUAAACAAAUGCUUCUUUCUGAAAGGGCAAGUAGUGGAUCGAAUAAUUAUUUCGACUUACUUACUUAUUUUUGAAAUUAAAUAGCUUCAAAUCAUUUAAAAAGUCACAUCUUGAAGGGAUGUUCUUGUUAUUUUUAAACGAACAAAGUGUAAUCUGUACGAGAAGGGGAUCGAGCUCUCAAAUGAAAG